GAAUCCUACAAUGACAAAAAAUCGAAGAAAGAAUCCAAGAAUGAAAAAAAAUCUAAGAAAGAAUCUAUCAAUGAGAAAGAAAAUCCUACAGGAAAAAAAAUCAUGACAAAAAAACAAAUCAUAAAAUAAAAGCAGUCGAUAAUGAUAUCAGCAAGAAUUUAGUAAAAAGAUUGGCUAAUAUGAACAAUAAUAAUUUGAUUGUUGACAAAAGUGACAAUGAUAACACGAACGAUGAUCAAAUAAAUAGUUUAAAAGUAGAAUUACAAAAGUCUAUUCAUCAAGAAAGAGAAAACAUGUCAGUUGCUUAUGAUGCAAAAAUAGAAAAAAUGAAUCAACAGAUUUAUGAAAUGCGAAUGAUGAUGGAAAGUAUUAAUAAUAGUCAUUCAGUACCAUCAGCCAUACAGUCUCCAUUAAAAUCAAUUUCAAGUGACAAAACCACGACAAUAGAAGCAACAUCUAUAAAGGAAACAUCAUGCCGAAGGACACUUACAUAUGAUGAUUCUUCCGCACAGGGUGGCACCAAAAGAAAAAUAAACAGUAAUCUAACUGAAGAAGUCUCAACCUGUUUGAAAAAACAAAAAAUAAGAGAGAUGAAGAAUAUAAUAGAUUCUAAAUUUCAAAUAGAGCCACUUCAGUUAAUAGGCGAAGCAACUGCCAGUACAAGUAAAGAAACACCCAAAAAUGAUGUUUUAGCAGAAAUCGAUGUAAAUAAAAAGAAUAACAAUGGUGGAAUAGAAGGAAGUAAUUCCAGUUUUAUGAAUGACGAUAAUGUAGAUGACUUGAGAGACCAAAACAGUGAUGGAAUUGGAGAAAAUGAUUGCACUUUUAUUAAUAAAAAUUAUGAUGAAAAUACUGACUAUUUGAAACAAACAUAUAUGAAAGAUGAUAAAACUGAAAAAAAAAGAUAACAAUAAUACUGGAAAAACAUUCGAUAAAUCUGAAAAAAAUUCAGAUAAAAUCAGUAAACACAAGAAAAGUAAAAAAAGGCGUAAAUGUAAAAUUGAAAAAAAACAGUGAUGAGGAAUAUGAUUCCGAUAACUUACAUAAAUCUGAAAAAAAUUCAGUUAAAAGCAGAGAACACAGAAAAAGUAAAAAAGGUCGUAAACGUACAAGUGGAAGAAAGAGCGAUGAGGAAUAUGAUUCCGAUAACUUCAAAAAUUGCAAUACAAUGAACUUAAAAGAUUUCACUACGUGGGAUAUGACAGUAAAUCCUAAGGGAAAGAAUGGAGAAGAUCUAAAAGAUGUUUCUCCUACAAAAGUUAAAAUGAUUCAUUUGAGAUUCGGCGUAUCAAUUCCAUCAAAGAGUUUUACUUUGAUACAAAAAGAAAAAUCACCGUCAAAGUUUUUGAAAAAACUUGCAAGAGCAAUCUGGACUGAAUACCAGCUAUUGAAUAGAGCUUUUCUCGUACAAAAAUGUGGAACUCUCGAUGAACGAUCACCCAGAAAAACAUUUACUCCUGUAAAAAAAGCAGUUUUGAGGAAACUGUACUUCGCUUUUGUAAAAAAUCACGUUGUUUCGAAAGAAGACCGCAAAACUGCAAGAGAUGAAUGGAGGUCUAUACUUGGUGAUUACAUAAGUUAUCUUAGAAAACGAUAUAGAACAGGCAAGAUUCGUGAUCCUAACAAGCAUUUAAGUAGUUCAUCAGACAGCUCAAGUGAAUCUGAAGAUUCAUCAUCUAACGAAGAGAAUGAGGAAGAUUCAAUUUAAUAUUUUUCUUUCAGAUAUAUAUGUACAGUAUUUAAACAUACGCAUAGAGGUUAAAUAUGAAUACUAAUAAUCUAUAGUUUACAUUUUUUAAAUAAAUGUAUAAUAAUAAAAGUUACAUUUCAUACGA